AUGACGCAGGCGUCCGAGGUAGACCCCGAGGACACGAUACCGAGGCCGAUGCCCAUCAUGGCACGCGACGAGCCGCACAUCUUUCGGCAGGACGCAGAUUUCGCCCUGACAAGAUCAUGGGUGAGGGUGGCAUACACGUUUCUGCCCACCAGGUUUACGUACCCCACGGACCGCUUGAUUGCAAUACAGAGCUUGGGAAGCCGGCUGGCGGAGAUCCACGGGGUCGACUACUUUGCUGGCGUCUUCGGUUCGCAGCUCACAAAGGGUCUUCUGUGGCGGCUGAGGUUUGGGUCUGUGGACUUUGAGAAGCUCCCGUUCUUUCCAUCCUGGUCCUGGGCCUCUUGUUCUACGAACUCUGGGUCAAUACCUGAUUUCGAGGAGACAUUCUCGCCUGGCAGGUCUCUAAUCCGCCAAGGUGGGAGAGGGAGGGUGUUUCCACCCAAUGGCUCGGCUGUGGACUUCAGCACGCCCGAGAAGCGUUCUCUUCGCUUGGAGGCACCAUUGCUGGAGGUCACUCCGGAGGCUGUGCGGCCAGAGUAUUCGGCACUGCUUGACUUACAUUCGACCAAGUUCAAAGACAAGUUGUUGCAAGUCGAAGUUGAAAUGAUCUUUGACGCGCCAGGUCUCGUUCCGGAGGAAUUUGGGCCUACAGAAGUUCUCUUGCUAUCUUCGCGGGAACACCAAACUGAAGUCGUGGUGGCUGGCAUCAUCGUCCGGCCUCAAGAGCAGUACUACGAACGCGUUGGAUAUGUGUUGUUGACGAUGCCACUUGAAUCGACAACAGGUUCAGCCAAGCUAGCAGAUCUGACAGCGAAGCUUGAGGAGGGUCGAAGACAUGUGGUUCUCAUAUAG